AUGCUCUCGCCUGCCAUAAAUCAGAUGAGAUCAGAGACUCAGACGGCGUCGACCUACUGCCAGCAGACACCGCUUCCAGUGGAUUCACAGAACAAUUUGAGCAGGAAUCUGGUCUUUUGGACAAACGGAGGACGCAAUCCAACACCGCAGCAAGUGCAGAAUCUGUUCAACACCGCAGCCCAAUUCCUUCAACAGUAUUGCUAG